AUGAAGGACCCCGUUGCCAGAACCUCUUCUCCCUACAUCGAUCCUCUCGUCAAAGGUCCCAAAUCCCAAAUUCUCACCUCCGGAACCCAGGCAGACCUUCGCAAAAUGCUCGUCAAUACCGUUAACAAGACCGGCCUACACCCCGGCGGUGUUCAGCCCCAAAGUGAACAUACUGAGCUAGAGGAGCUCCUCCACGAGAAGGCCCACAUCGACUAUGACCGCGUCGCAAUUAUUCCCAACCCUUCCGUCGCCGCUCUCUACGAAGAUGCUCUGGUCUACGAACCAGGUUCUGCUAUUUCCUCAACCGGUGCCUUGACCGCAUACUCUGGUGCGAAGACUGGCCGAUCACCUCUAGACAAGCGAAUUGUCCAAGAGGAAGGCUCAGAAAAGGAUAUUUGGUGGGGACCCGUCAACAAGCCCAUGGCUCCUGAUGUCUGGAAGAUCAACCGCGAGCGAGCUGUCGACUACCUGAACACAAGAAGCCGAAUCUAUGUUAUUGAUGGAUUUGCUGGCUGGGACGAGAAGUACAGAAUCAGAGUGCGAGUUGUCUGCGCCCGCGCCUACCAUGCUCUCUUCAUGCGCAACAUGCUCAUCCGCCCCUCGCGGGAGGAGCUUGAGCACUUCCAGCCCGACUACACCAUCUACAAUGCCGGUACUUUCCCAGCUAACCGAUACACCGAAGGUAUGACUUCAGGGACCUCGGUCGCUAUCAACUUCGCCGAGAAGGAGAUGGUCAUUCUCGGUACUGAGUACGCCGGUGAGAUGAAGAAGGGUGUCUUCACCGUGCUUUUCUACGAGAUGCCCAUCAAGCACAACGUUCUGACCCUGCACUCGUCCGCGAACGAGGGCAAGAACGGCGAUGUUACCCUGUUCUUUGGUCUGUCUGGAACUGGCAAGACCACUCUGUCCGCUGACCCCAACCGAGCUCUGAUUGGUGAUGAUGAGCACUGCUGGAGUGAUCGUGGUGUCUUCAACAUCGAGGGUGGUUGCUACGCAAAGUGCAUUGGCCUCUCUGCCGAGAAGGAGCCCGAUAUUUUUGGCGCCAUCCGCUUCGGAUCUGUCCUAGAGAACGUUGUCUUCGACCCUGAGACUCGCACUGUCGACUACGACGAUGCUACCCUCACUGAGAACACUCGAUGCGCCUACCCCAUUGAGUACAUCUCCAACGCCAAGAUCCCUUGCUUGUCGGAGAGCCACCCCAGCAACAUCAUCCUUCUCACAUGCGAUGCCCGCGGUGUUCUGCCUCCCAUCUCCAAGCUGAACCGCGCCCAGACCAUGUUCCACUUCAUCUCCGGCUACACCUCCAAGAUGGCCGGUACUGAGGAUGGUGUCACCGAGCCCCAGGCCACCUUCUCCUCUUGCUUCGCCCAGCCCUUCCUUGCUCUCCACCCCAUGCGCUACGCCAAGAUGCUGGCUGACAAGAUCGACACCCACAAUGCUAACGCCUGGCUCCUCAACACCGGUUGGGUCGGUGCCGGUGCCGCCCAGGGUGGCAAGCGUUGCCCGCUCAAGUAUACUCGUGCUAUCCUCGACGCCAUCCACUCCGGUGAGCUCGCCAAGGUCGAGUACGAGAACUACGAGGUCUUCAACCUUGCCGUCCCCAAGACUUGCCCUGGCGUCCCCUCUGAGCUGCUCAACCCCAAGGCAGCCUGGACCGCCGGCCACGACAGCUUCAACACUGAGGUUGGCAAGCUCGGCAAGCUCUUCAUUGAGAACUUCAAGAAGUACGAGUCUGAGGCCACCGAGGACGUUGUCAAGGCUGGUCCCACUGUAUAG